AUGGCCAUGUGCAGUGGAGUCAUCACCUACAGGGCUCAGCAAGUUCCCGUUUUCCAAGGAGCCCAGGUGAAUCUGGGAUCCUGCAUCACCCUCGAUGUGCUGAGAGUUGUGGAGCUCAAGUACUGCAAUGGCAACGGCAACUGGAAUGGCAACUGGACUGGCCAGUGGGAUCACAACUGGAAUCACAACUGGACUGGCCAGUGGGAUCACAACUGGACUGGCCAGUGGGAUCACAACUGGAAUCAGAACUGGACUGGCCAGUGGGAUCACAACUGGAAUGGCCAGUGGGAUCACAACUGGAAUCAGAACUGGACUGGCCAGUGGGAUCACAACUGGAAUGGCCAGUGGGAUCACAACUGGAAUCACAACUGGACUGGCAAUUUCCCGACUCAGCAGAUCCCCGGCGGCAUCUUCAACAACACGCAAGUCAUCAUUGGUGGCCAUAACCAAAUUGUGACCAUCAAGAGGCAAUGGCGCGUGGCAAUCAUUGAGCACAAGAGCAUCAGCGGCUCCUGGAAAACCAUCUGGAACUACAACACGGGCGUCAUUGCAACCAGAGUGAGGCAGCAGAACGCCUGCUACAUUUCCAUCAUGAACAGAAGCGAGAUGCCCCGCUUUGAUAAUCUGGCGCGGCUGGCACAAGAGAGCAGGAACCUGAUCGGUCUGGGCAGACCCAGCAGGAGGAUCACCUUUGUCACCAACGGACUGGUCAACAACCUCAACUCCUACGGCCUGGACAUCAUGGCCAUGUGCAGUGGAGUCACCACCUACAGGGCUCAGCAAGUUCCCGUUUUCCAAGGAGCCCAGGUGAAUCUGGGAUCCUGCAUCACCCUCGAUGUGCUGAGAGUUGUGGAGCUCAAGUACUGCAAUGGCAACGGCAACUGGAAUGGCAACUGGACUGGCCAGUGGGAUCACAACUGGAAUCACAACUGGACUGGCCAGUGGGAUCACAACUGGACUGGCCAGUGGGAUCACAACUGGAAUCAGAACUGGACUGGCCAGUGGGAUCACAACUGGAAUGGCCAGUGGGAUCACAACUGGAAUCAGAACUGGACUGGCCAGUGGGAUCACAACUGGAAUGGCCAGUGGGAUCACAACUGGAAUCACAACUGGACUGGCAAUUUCCCGACUCAGCAGAUCCCCGGCGGCAUCUUCAACAACACGCAAGUCAUCAUUGGUGGCCAUAACCAAAUUGUGACCAUCAAGAGGCAAUGGCGCGUGGCAAUCAUUGAGCACAAGAGCAUCAGCGGCUCCUGGAAAACCAUCUGGAACUACAACACGGGCGUCAUUGCAACCAGAGUGAGGCAGCAGAACGCCUGCUACAUUUCCAUCAUGAACAGAAGCGAGAUGCCCCGCUUUGAUAAUCUGGCGCGGCUGGCACAAGAGAGCAGGAACCUGAUCGGUCUGGGCAGACCCAGCAGGAGGAUCACCUUUGUCACCAACGGACUGGUCAACAACCUCAACUCCUACGGCCUGGACAUCAUGGCCAUGUGCAGUGGAGUCACCACCUACAGGGCUCAGCAAGUUCCCGUUUUCCAAGGAGCCCAGGUGAAUCUGGGAUCCUGCAUCACCCUCGAUGUGCUGAGAGUUGUGGAGCUCAAGUACUGCAAUGGCAACGGCAACUGGAAUGGCAACUGGACUGGCCAGUGGGAUCACAACUGGAAUGGCAACUGGACUGGCCAGUGGGAUCACAACUGGAAUCACAACUGGACUGGCCAGUGGGAUCACAACUGGACUGGCCAGUGGGAUCACAACUGGAAUCAGAACUGGACUGGCCAGUGGGAUCACAACUGGACUGGCCAGUGGGAUCACAACUGGAAUCACAACUGGACUGGCAAUUUCCCGACUCAGCAGAUCCCCGGCGGCAUCUUCAACAACACGCAAGUCAUCAUUGGUGGCCAUAACCAAAUUGUGACCAUCAAGAGGCAAUGGCGCGUGGCAAUCAUUGAGCACAAGAGCAUCAGCGGCUCCUGGAAAACCAUCUGGAACUACAACACGGGCGUCAUUGCAACCAGAGUGAGGCAGCAGAACGCCUGCUACAUUUCCAUCAUGAACAGAAGCGAGAUGCCCCGCUUUGAUAAUCUGGCGCGGCUGGCACAAGAGAGCAGGAACCUGAUCGGUCUGGGCAGACCCAGCAGGAGGAUCACCUUUGUCACCAACGGACUGGUCAACAACCUCAACUCCUACGGCCUGGACAUCAUGGCCAUGUGCAGUGGAGUCACCACCUACAGGGCUCAGCAAGUUCCCGUUUUCCAAGGAGCCCAGGUGAAUCUGGGAUCCUGCAUCACCCUCGAUGUGCUGAGAGUUGUGGAGCUCAAGUACUGCAAUGGCAACGGCAACUGGAAUGGCAACUGGACUGGCCAGUGGGAUCACAACUGGAAUCACAACUGGACUGGCCAGUGGGAUCACAACUGGAAUCACAACUGGACUGGCCAGUGGGAUCACAACUGGACUGGCCAGUGGGAUCACAACUGGAAUCACAACUGGACUGGCCAGUGGGAUCACAACUGGAAUGGCCAGUGGGAUCACAACUGGAAUCACAACUGGACUGGCAAUUUCCCGACUCAGCAGAUCCCCGGCGGCAUCUUCAACAACACGCAAGUCAUCAUUGGUGGCCAUAACCAAAUUGUGACCAUCAAGAGGCAAUGGCGCGUGGCAAUCAUUGAGCACAAGAGCAUCAGCGGCUCCUGGAAAACCAUCUGGAACUACAACACGGGCGUCAUUGCAACCAGAGUGAGGCAGCAGAACGCCUGCUACAUUUCCAUCAUGAACAGAAGCGAGAUGCCCCGCUUUGAUAAUCUGGCGCGGCUGGCACAAGAGAGCAGGAACCUGAUCGGUCUGGGCAGACCCAGCAGGAGGAUCACCUUUGUCACCAACGGACUGGUCAACAACCUCAACUCCUACGGCCUGGACAUCAUGGCCAUGUGCAGUGGAGUCACCACCUACAGGGCUCAGCAAGUUCCCGUUUUCCAAGGAGCCCAGGUGAAUCUGGGAUCCUGCAUCACCCUCGAUGUGCUGAGAGUUGUGGAGCUCAAGUACUGCAAUGGCAACGGCAACUGGAAUGGCAACUGGACUGGCCAGUGGGAUCACAACUGGAAUCACAACUGGACUGGCCAGUGGGAUCACAACUGGAAUCACAACUGGACUGAACUGGACUGGCCAGUGGGAUAA